GUUUCCGUACAAUGUGACAACAGAAGGUCAGACAUGGCGGUUUGCACUAGAGGAUUUGGUAAAUUUGCUACGUCGCUGCGUUUUUGUCGAAAAUUGCAGCACCAGAAUGAACGACCGUUUUCUACAUCCAUGUGUCGCCCUGCGGCAGACAGCGAAACACCUAAGUUUGUCCCUCCUUCCAAGCCUGUCAUAGUAGAUAAAACACAAACGGUGACUUCUCUGAGAAAGUUUCUGAGCCCAGAGUUCGUCCCUCCCAGGCAGAGGACGGUUCCUUUCAAGUUUUCCUUGGAGAGGAAAGACAUGAUUCGCAGGAGGAAAAUGCUCAACAUUCCCGAAUUUUAUGUUGGCAGCAUCCUUGCAGUGACCAUGGCUGAUCCUAAUGCUAGUGGGAAAACAAACCGCUUUGUUGGUAUCUGCAUCCAGAGGGGUGGAACCGGCCUGGGCGCCACUUUUGUCUUAAGGAACAUCAUUAAUAAUCAAGGUGUUGAGAUCUGCUACGAGAUGUAUAAUCCUAGGAUCCAGAAAAUUGAAGUCCUGAAGCUGGAGAAAAGACUGGACGAUAACCUUAUGUACCUUAGAGACGCUCUGCCUGAGUACAGCACAGUGGACCCAGAAAUGAAGCCUGUGCCCUUCUCCCCUACUGGAGAAGUGCCUGUUAACUCGCUCAAAGUAAAAAUGCUUCCAAAGCCGUGGUCCAAACACUGGGAACGGCCCAAGUUCAACAUCCAGGGCAUCACCUUCGAUCUGUGCAUGACGCCCAAUCAGAUGGCGGGUGCCCAGAAACGUGCGCAGCCUUGGAGGGAGUACGACAUGCUGCGAGAGUACGACACCACAGAACUGGAGGAACAGAUCCUCAAAGAAGUGCAGGAGGAGAUGAGCAAGUGACUGGAGUCCCGUUUAACCCCUCAGUGCAACCGUGGGAGCAAACAUUUCCAGCAACAAGGAAUAAUUGGAAAAUAGAUUGAAUGAAAUUAUUCAUUCAGUACGUGACAGUUAGCUUAAAGGUCACUGUGUAAUAAAUACAAAGAAAGCAACAUGGACAUUUCAUAUUUGUCAGUGGAUUAAAUUGUCUUGUAUGUAUUCACUUGACUGUAUGAGUUCCUUCAGGUCUCUAACUUGUCUCCUUCCAAACAGAAAUUAAGUUACCAUCCUAAAAAUAUUAAACUUGAAAUUUUGGAUUUGA